AUGUUCGCAAAGACGGACCAGAGCUUUGGUGUCAACGAGGUGCUGUUAUCCUCUGUCCUGGCUUCCGUGGUAUUUUCGCUUGCGGCCGCUCAGCCUUUGGUUAUUGUAGGAGUCACUGGGCCCAUCACGGUGUUCAACUACACGGUCUACGAUAUCAUUACACCACGCGGCACAAACUACUUUGCCUUUAUGUGUUGGAUUGGUAUAUGGUCGCUGAUCUUCCACUGGAUCCUGGCCAUUACAAACUCGUGCAACGGACUAAGAUAUGUUACGCGCUUUUCUUGUGACAUCUUUGGCUUUUACGUUGCUUUUAUAUACCUGCAAAAGGGCAUACAGGUGUUGACGCGACAAUGGGAUGCCAGCGAUGCGUCUGCAUAUCUGUCCAUUAUGAUUUCGCUACUCGUUACGGCGGUGGCGUAUAUUUGUGGCAUCGUUGGUCAAUCGUCACUGCUUCAACGGCACGUUAGGAAGUUUAUCGAAGACUACGGUACACCUCUUACGGUAGUCUUCUUCACGGGGUUUGUUCACAUCGGGAAGAUGGCGGGUAUUGAGUUACUCAAGCUCCCCACAUCCAAAGCCUUCUUUCCAACCACAGACCGCGGCUGGUUUAUCCACUUCUGGGAUAUCAACGUGGGCGACGUCUUCCUCGCGAUACCGUUUGCAGUUUUACUCACCAUCUUAUUCUGGUUCGACCACAACGUCUCCAGUCUCAUCGCGCAGGGAACAGAGUUUCCGCUACGUAAGCCCGCUGGCUUUCACUGGGAUAUAUUCCUCUUGGGCUGCACUACUGGCGUUGCAGGUCUCCUCGGCAUCCCCUUUCCCAAUGGCCUCAUUCCACAGGCACCUUUCCACACGACAUCGCUCUGCGUCACCCGCACCGUCUCCGACACGGACGAUGAAGCAAACAAGGGUCACACCCGCCGCAUCGUCGACCAUGUCGUCGAGCAGCGCGUGUCGAACCUCGCACAGGGCCUCCUCACUCUGGGAACCAUGACGGGCCCUCUACUCAUCGUACUGCACCUCAUUCCCCAAGCCGUGCUCGCAGGCCUCUUCUUCGUCAUGGGCAUCCAGGCCCUCGAGGCAAACGGCAUCACGCUGAAACUCCUUUUUCUCGCUCGCGACAAGCACCUCACGCCCAAGAGUGACCCCCUCAUGCGCAUUGAACGCCGCUGGGUCAUUUGGGCUUUUGUCGGUCUCGAACUAGUUGGCUUUGGCGCUACCUUUGCUAUUACGCAAACAAUUGCAGCCAUUGGCUUUCCAGUGUUUAUCUUCUUGUACAUUCCUAUGCGUACUUGGCUUAUGCCGCGAUUCUUCACGACGGAGGAAUUGGGCAUCCUGGAUGCGCCGACCGCAAGUCCCUUCACCAUGGAGAGUGUGGGUGGGAAUCAUGGUCAAGUAGUGGAGCCGUUGGGAGCGGGGGGUGGGAAUGCGUUGGAUGAUAGCGACGAGGCUGAGAGGGGCGAACGGGAUAAUAGCGUUAACGAUGAUGGCCUGAAGAACGCAGAGCAAGCGAGCAGGCGGAGGAGUAGUUUUAGGACGCCCGAGGGGUUGGAAUUAGAUAACAUCGAGAAGUCGUAG